CGCGAUUUUGGUUGCUGAAUGAAGCCAACACCCUUACUUAUUUCAAAUAUAUGAUGGAAACUCGUGAUCCAAUUUGUCAAAUAACAUGAUUGCAUUAUUUACUUUUUUGACGUCAUAAAACCUCCAACCUAAUUUAACAAUUGGAAGAUGUUGAAAUGGAGUUUAUUAAAUUCUUGUUUACUAUUUAGCUUUCAUUUGUUGAUAGUAGGUUUAUGAGUAUAUUGUUCGAAUGUUUGUGUUUUUAAAUUUUUUAAUUUGAAUGGAGAAUAGGUGGAGAGAAGCCUUAUGGAAUUAUAAAGAAAAUAUGAAACGAAGAGAAAGAGAGUGAGAGUGUGUUGUUCAAUGUUUCAUAUAUAUGUUUUUAUCCAUGAGAAGAUUUGAGUAGAUUUUAUGAUGGCCCUUUAAAACAUCAAAAAUAACAUUUUUCUGGUCGUUGCCUAGUACGUAACGGUAUGGUUUGCUUGACUAUACUUGCGUUGAACAUGCUCCUUUGAAGUAAAGAGUGCCACCUUACCAACCAGACCACGAGACCUGCACUCUUCCAAUAUCUAUCUUUGUUUUGGAAGUUAUUAUUAAGAGUCCAGAUGGAUCAGCCAUUUUCUAUUCCCAAUGCAAUGUUCAUAAGAUCCACAAAAUGCUUUCUUAUGGAUAACAAAACAUAAAGGUUCUUUUCAAUUUAGCUCAACAGAUGUAGUAUCCAAUAAUGGUUUCACCUUUCCUCUACAAUAAAUUUUUACAUGCUAUAUCUGAGGGUAGGUAUGUUUUGCUUUCUUUAAAUUGUAUGGAAAUGUACCUAGUACUUACACAAAACUGGAACGGCCGUAAAAAUGCCAUUUUGAAAAUUUAUGUAACCCAGUGUUACUAGCCGUAUCCCUAUUUUAUAAAAAUUCAUGUCUGGUUGACAUUUGAGAAAUUAUAACCAAAGAAUUAAGUUUUGAAGUUUUCUAACUCAUAUUUACAGUAUGUUGGAUACAAUGUACUUCUUUUGAAGUCAUUGUGAUAUAAUUAAAUCAAAUUUUUAAAUUUUAAAUUGUUUUAAGUUAUGAUUUACUGUGGAAAUAAUUGUUAACGGAGACACUGUUCUGUAAAUGUGUGCUCUGUUUCAUGUAUACAUGAAUGUCAACAAUACUGUGGAGCAGUGUAAAAAUAGGACACUAAUUUUAGCUUACAGCUUCCUCUUCAAGGAGUGGAAAAUUUACCAUCUGUUUAUUUAACUCUGUAGCUUAGUGGUGAAAAGCAUUACCUGCAAUGUUGGACAAAGUUCAUACAGAGGGAUUUUUAAAACAGCAUAACAUAAAAUUACGUAGUUCUGUUAAUGAUAUUGAAUUUAAUAAAUUCUCAUUGCUGAAAACAGAUGAAGAAAGAUUCUCUUUCCUUUACAGUUUACAAACAGCUCACAACUAUGAAAUAUUUCUUUUAGCAGACGAUGUAAAAAACUCUGAGCUCGGAAACAAGUGGAAAGAUGAUGGUAACAAAGCAUUUCAGAGUGGUGAUUAUCAUACUGCUUUGAAGUUGUACAAUAAAAGUGUGCAACUACUUCCUUAUAAUGAAGACUCAAGUAGUGAGAUGGCAGUGGCCGUGGCGAACCGCUCGGCCGCUUUAUACCACCUCCAGGAUUAUCAACAAACCCUGGACGACAUCCGCCUAGCUCUGUCGCUCGGCUACCCCUUGCAGCUGCACUACAAGGUCCUGGAGAGGAGAGCCAGAUGUCUGUUGGCAACCAACCAGUUGAAUGAUGCACUGGAAGCUUUCAAAACGACGUUGACGUGUUUGGAUGCAGCAGCAAAAUUGCCGCUGGACAAAAGGAUGAAGACUCAGAAGAACAUCCAGAUAAUGAUUGCCAUUCUCCUGAAGAACAAAAGCCUAGAAAAUGCGCCCCUGCCCGCCACCAGCCGCAUGCCUGCGCCCAGUCGCGGGGUGAGCCCAGAGCUCCCGUCGGCCAGCCACGCUGUGGCGGUGGAGUGGAGUGAGCAGGGGGGCAGGUUCGCCACCGCCACCAGGGACGUGGCCCCCGGGGAGACGGUGAUUGUGGAGCAGCCCCACUGCGCUGUUCUGUUGGCAGAGUACGCCCACGACCACUGCACUCACUGCUUCAGGAGGCUGGUGUCCCUGGUGCCGUGUCCUCGCUGCUGUGACGUGGGAUUCUGCAGCGUAGCCUGCCAGGGUGCUGCGAUGCGCUCCUACCACAACGUCGAGUGCAGAGUCACGGGGGCCCUCUGGGCUUCAGGGGCAUCUGUCACCGCACUCAUGGCCUUGCGCAUUCUCUCCCAGCGCUCUCCGAGCCACUUCCUGGACCUGCGACCACGCCUGUUGCAGAUCGCUGUCUGCAGCGUGAGCUUCAGGGCCACGUCCAGACUCCAAGAGCAUGUCGUGGUGCCGCAGUUGGAUGCGGGAGCUAGCCCUCGGGUGCCGUACCGGGGUGAUGACUAUGAGACUGUGUAUCAGCUGGUGCGGCAUGAGGAUCGACGCACCGCCGAAGAUUUCUUCCAGCGCUCGGCUGUGGCCGUCUUCCUGUUCCGGUGCCUCCAGCUGGGAGGCUACUUUGGCCCCGCCCGUGCAGGUGCUGCUGACAACGGCCCAGGCACGCUGACGGCCGAGGAACGGUUCUUUGGCUGGCUGUUGCUGCAACACCUGCAGCUGCUGCAGUUCAACGCCCACGAAGUGUCGGAGCUGCAGAUAACCCCCGGAGCUCGGCCCCACAUGGGCAGAUCUGCUUUCAUCGGCGGGGGCCUGUAUCCCACCCUGGCGCUCUUUAAUCACUCCUGCGAGCCUGCUGUCACCAGGUACUUUGAAGGGACGUGUGUGGUGGUGCGCACGGUGAAGACGGUGCGGGCCGGGGAGAUGAUUGCCGAGAACUACGGGCCGGUGUUCACCCGGGAGCGGCGAGAGGCGCGGCGCGGCACGCUGCGGGAGCAGUACUGGUUCGAGUGCGAGUGCACGCCCUGUCGCGAGGACUGGCCCCUGUUUGAGGAGAUGGACCCAGGGGUGAUACGGUUCCGCUGCGGGGCGGAACCACCCUGCAGGGCCGUGGUGCCCGUCCCCGUCGACACGGCGGAGUUCCUGGUGCGCUGCCCCUCCUGUGGGGGCCACACCAACAUCAUGAAGGGCCUCAAGACUCUGCAGGAUACGGACGCCAUGUUCCGAGCAGCCGGCCGCUUGCUGGAGGGCGGGCAGACGACCGCAGCGCUGGUCAAGUUCCUGCAAGUGCUGCAGCUCCUGGACGAGACUCUGGCCCCUCCGUUCCGUGACUACCACCUUUGCCAGCAGUCGGUGCGGCGCUGCAUGCUGAGCCUCGGCAAUCUCGCGCCGCCGUCCACCAGGGCUUCUCCUGCGUGACAGGAGCCCUCAACAUCUGCAUCACUUGCUUUCCAUUUCAACACAACCAAAUUUUUCUUUACCAUGCUUUAGCAAAAUUUAAUUAUCUUAAAAUAUUACCUUUUUUACAUAACCUUUAUUCAAAAAAGUUUAUUGCAGUAAAAUUUAAAAUGUAACAGUAUAUUUUAAUGUGUGUUUUAAAGUAAGUAUAAAUGUCACAAGUUAUGAAAUGUCUGCUUCUGCAGUUCUGCUAGUAUUUGGUACCCAUUUUUUGUAAAGUAACCCCUUUUCAAUAAAACUGUCAAAACCUUUUAGUUUCUAAUAUCAACUGAUCAAAUUGAAAACUGUUUUGAGAAUUUCAUUUUUUAAAAGGUGAUUCUGAAAGUGAGACACGUUUCCAUAAAAUUAUAAUAAAAUUUUUGAAAGGAUUUAUUUUAUGUGCUGAACUGUUUUCUAAUCAUUAUCUAAAUUGGUGUGAUGUUUCAAGUAGUUCACCAGUAAUUGACCAUUUUUAAUAGUGGUUAUGUUAGUUUAGCUACAUUAGAUAUGCUUUUAAGUUGGAAGAAAAAGUUAAUUAGGUACAUUAAAUAUACUAUAUAACAAUGUAUAGAUGGUUAGUUAGAUUAAAUUAGUAACAUUUUAUGUAGACAUCUGCGAAUUGUGAUUUUUCAGUUCGAAUCGAAUUCGAAUCAAAUUUCCAAAAAAUUCACGAGUUUCGAAUUUUUUUCGAAUCGAAUUUGAGAAUAUUUAUAAAAAUAAUAUAGAUCAUUAAAAAAUUUUAACAUACCACCUUUGAAAAACUUGUCACAUAAUUCACAGUUUAAAUCAAGUAACUAAAAUUAAUGUGAGACUAUAUUGAAGAAGCACAACCAGAUUCCCAAAAAUUAAAUUAAAUAAAAAAAAAAAA